GACGUCACGGGUAUGUUGAUAGUAGUAGCAGAAACUUGUGUUGUCAGAUAGCCGGUGUCUGUCGGCAGACGGAGAAAUGUUUGAGUGGGUGGCAGACGGCGUUGACAUUUCUGUGUUGAGCUACGGCGGGCCAGAAUGCAUCGCCUUCUUGUCACCACAAAUGAAAUUAUUGGAUACAUUGUUGGCUUUUGGAAUAGCUUGUUUCUUGAUUAAUAAUGGUUACAGAAAUAUUAGUUUACCCGAUAAAUCAGUCUACGAAAGAAAUGAUCGUGGAGGGAAACGUCUAUUGCUCAUUAUGGUUUGUCUUAUAUGGGGUAUAGAAUUAGGAUUUAAAUUUGCCACGCGGACGAUGAUCUACUUGCUGAAUCCGUGCCACGUUACUACAGCCGCUCAGAUAUAUUUACUAAGUGCACCUCCAAGUAAAGCAGUUACAUCUGUGUUUCGCAUACACUUAAAUUUCUUGAAUGGUGCUGUUCUUGCCUUCAUGUUUCCAGUAACAGAAACAAGACUACUACCUUUUGAAGCAUCGAUUUACUGGAUACAACAUAGUAUGAUGUUGAUUGUGCCUUAUUACUUACUCAGGUUGGGAGGUGUGUACAACAUUGAAAAACUGUCAGAUUUUAACUGGUGUUAUCUGAGUUAUGGUUUGAAUCUUAUUUACCAUUUUGGGGUUCUACAGACAUGUUCAUUUUGGUCGGGUAUAAAUAUAAAUCACAUUAUGUGCCCUAUUGGUGUUGAUCCAUUCUAUGGACAGUACUAUCGGAUAGCCACAAUUAUUCAUGAGGGUAUUCUGUGCCCACUAGUUUCAAAAACAUAUUGUGUGCUGGCGGCAUUUUUCCUUACAAAAUUUGGUCCCACAAAAGUUAAGAAUACUCUGGAGUUUGACAUGAGUUCAUGGGCUCAAGGUGAUAGAGGACCAGGUAAACAAAGUUCCUUGAAACGAAGUCCACAGGCAAGUCCAGAAAAACAUUUACCAGAAUUUCACUCUACGAAUAACGGCUGUCAUCAUAUUGAUUAAGACAGUAUCUGUAUAAUUUUUGUGAUAGUUGUAGCAGCUAUGCUGUGUUCUUGUAGCCGUCAGUACUAUUUUAGUAAAUAUUUAUUUCAGCAAAAUGAAGCAAGGAAUGAAACUCUUUAUAAUUCUUUACAAGUUUGCCACAAAAGCCGAGAUGAUUUUAAUUUUAUCAGUUGAUUGUGUUAAUCUAGUCGUUUUCAGAUUUACAUUUUUCUUUUUUUUGACAGGAGGCAUUUUAGGUAUCUACCUAGAUUGACUGUACAAGUGCCUUUAAGAAGGGUUUUUAUACCAAACUCAAUUCUUUUAAGUUUUACAAUUUAAUUUAAUUACAGCUGUGUAUAAAAUGAGAUUAUUGAGGUAGUGUACCUUCAUGUAAAAGGUAGUGCCUGUUCCUUUUAGGAUGUCAUCACAGUGUUAGUGAUAAAAAUGGUAGCUGUUGUUGCAGUGAAGAUGUCCUUAUUUAUGUGUGAUACAUUGAAUGUGUGAAUACUCAAUACGAUAUUGUGAAAUGUGUACUUAAAAUACAGUGUGUAUGUAUUCAGUUAAUGCACUGUUAAAUGCUGUGAAUGGCAUUUGCCUUAAAAUGUCUUAAUUAUGUUGGAAAUUGUGCUAUUCCACUGACAGGCAGGUACAUAAUGGAAUGUUGUUCAAUGAUCUGUAUUACUUUAUCCCUUAUUCUGUGACUUGUAUUGUGUUUUAGCAUACACAGUUUCAGCUAACAGCACUGAAACAUGAAUUUUAAUUCUGACUGUCCUUAGAAAGCACUGUAUUUACUUUUUCAAAGUAUCAUAAUUUUUUGCAUUUAUUUUCAUUAUCAGUUUACUACUGUUCAGUGAAAAUGUUGCUUUCAUUCAUUUUGGCCAGUUUUAUGCAUAUAUUUGAGUGCAGAAUUUGUCUUCUGUGAUUUUCUUGCCUUCAGGUUGUGAUUUAUUUAAGAUGAUUGACUGUUAAUAUGGAUUGCUUCUUUAGUAUACUUUUACUAAUUUUUUGUUAUUUUAUUUGCAACACAUUCAUUUACUGUUUUUUAAGAUUUUGUGCUAGGAGGUGGCUGUUGAAUACAUCAGAAUUUUUUAGAAUUAAUAAUAAUCAUGAAUCUGUGAUAAAAAAAUACUCCAGUUUUUGUGGUUGAUGAAUAAACUGUCAUCUGCAGGAUAGUUUUAGGGGCUCUUGGCCUUACAAGAGCACCUUAAAUUAUACAGUGUUUCAUUGGAUCCAUUGGUCACAAUUAUAUUUUGACAACACUGACCACUUCAGCCAGAGGUACAUUGGAUUAUGUGGAUCUUUGUUUACAAACCUGAAAGAUUAUCCUGCAGACAACAGUUCAGUGAACAGUUUUAUCUGUGCAGUGAGAUCUAGAUACAUAAAAGUUCUCAUUUCAAAAUGAAAAUAUUUUGACACAUUGUUAGUUCAUGAAUCAGUUUCUGCGACAAGAACAAGGUGCUUGUAAUACAUCAUGCAGAUAGUUUUAUCUUCUGUAACUUUCUGUUUGUCGCAGAUGCUGAGUGGUAGUAGCUUGUGUGUGAUAUGAUAGUUCCAAUAUUUUAAAGGAUGUUUUGUGUUAUUGCACACAUUCCUUUCUUUCAAUUGGGCCAUGAAUUAGCAUGUGUAACUAGUGCUAUGAAAGGGAAAAAAACAUUGCUGCAUUAUAUGUUAUCUUCACUCAGAAAACAUAGAAAGCUAAUGAGGUACUCAAAUAAUUAGGCAUAGUAAAUAUUCUUUAUCACUGAUAAUUGUAACAAAUGAUAGUUCUGUGAGUUUCAGCUCUUUAAUGUAACUGCAUAGUUGUUUCCCAUGUCCAGAAAGGGAAAACAUCACCAACUUCUUUUGUCUACUUAUUCAUUCUGAAUUUAUCUCUUUUUCAAAUUGUUGUUAAGUGAGAAAUCUUAUUUUAAAAUUGCUAUUUCAAGAACUGUUUGAAAUGGAAAGUUUCCUUGGCUGCAGCCUAUAUUUUACUGUCAGAAUGUGUAUUGCAGAAAUAUUUUCCAGUUUAUAUUUUUUCUGAAGGUUUCAGAAAGUAAAAGCCAGAUGUCAACCUUCAGUGAACAAAAAAAAAACACUUAUAUGUACCAUUCUGAAGGUGGCUGUAAGUAGGUAAUGGCUGAUAUGAGACAGUGAAUUAAUGAGAAGCGGCAGUAGCAUAUUGAACGUAGAAAUUUCAGGGAAUUCAUGAUAUAUUUUACAAAUUUUUCGUAUCUAAAAAAUGUGGUUGCAAACAUAUUUUUGCCUCAUUGAAUUAUUUAACAGUGUUGGACUCACUACUCAUUUUACCUAACACCUCUUACUACCAAAAUAAAGUUUGGAAUAUUUCAGAUGGCAAAAUUUAGGCCUAUUGAUUAAACAAAUUUGCUUGACAUGUUCAGGGUACUCUAGAAUUAGGAUGUCCUCUCAUCUUUAUGUUUCUCUUGUAGGUUGUGUAGAAAUCCAGUUUCCAUGGUAUGCCUGUGAAUUUUUUUGUAUGUUUGAAAUUUGCUCUGGAGGUAUUAUUUAGUAGGUAUAUACUACAUUUCCUGAAAAGCUUCACAUUUUGUAUUAUUUUUUAAUUAACUUCUGUAGAAGAGAAGUGAAAGUGCAGUUCUAAAUUUCCUGGAUCCUAUACCAAAGUCAUCCAAAUCUAGCUUUAAAACUAUCUCUUUCAUCUGCUCUUUGAUUAUUAGAGAAAUGUUAAGUUUCAUUGCCAAAAUGCAGACUGUUCUAAGAUAAGCAUAUUAUCAGGUAAUAAAUGUUUGCCACAUUUCUUAUCUUACUAAUUACCCAUGUAAAGGUUCUCUGAUGCUUUUUUUGCAUCAAAGAUAUUGAGCCAAAACAAACUUGGGCAGCUUGUAGUCUAAUAGUCCUGAAAUUUGAACAGCUGGAACAAUGUUACUUUGCUGGAUCAGUCUCACCAUCCUUGAUGUUCCUCGUUACUUCUAGAAAACAGUUUUGUGGGAGUGCGUGAGCGAGUGAGCAUUGUAUCUCAUCAUAAUGACGUUUUAAUCUGUAUAGACCUGUUAUUACAAAUAUUGUUUUUGUUGUAUGUCAACAGUUGCUGUAUUCAUGGGGUGGAGGGGAGAAUGCUUCCUUUGUUGAUAGACUACAUAGCACAAAUUGUUAAUGUGAGCAUUCCUAAGGUGCUUGAUACAAACAUUAGGUACAUGGUGAUGUCCUCCAUUAAGUUAAAUUUGAAAAUUUUCAUAUAUUUGUACAUUCUAGCCUUUAUUAUUUCUGAACUUGUAAAAUGUUAUAAACUUAUACAGUAUAUAAUAUCAAAUGCCUUUAUAAUGGUAGCAAAGAAAUGUUGGUCCUCAAAGAAUACUGAGUGAUAUGGUGCAGUGCUGAAGGUCUUGCAUUCGCAUUUGGUAGAAGUGAGAUUCAAAUCCAUACCACUCCAAACUCAGAUUAUUUGUAGUUCCCUUAAAUUAGGUCACAUGAAUUGCAGGAUGGUUCCCUUGAAGAGGCCACAGCUGAUUUUCUGCGUCAAUCUAAUCUAAUCCAAGCUUGUAUUUUGUUUCUAAUGAUCCCAACACUAAUGAGAUGUUAAACCCAUAACAUUCGUUCCAUUAAAAAUAAAAAAGAAUAAAAAGUGGUUGUAGUGUAACUGUUUCCCUAAAGUCAAUAGGGAACUCAUCUUACAUGAAUUUGCUGCUUUGCAAUAAAAGUAUAUUAUGUGCUUAACAAGCCGUUUCAGGCAGCCUUAUAUUGAAAAUGUCACUUUAUGGAUUCAUUAUGGUACUAUAAUAAAUAUGUGUGAUUGGUUAUCUAUUCUUUAAUACAGUGUAUUGGAAUGCAUGGUUGUAAUUUUAGGGAUAAUAUUUAAUUAGAUACUUUAAGAAACAGAUUAACUUUUAGCAAACCAUAAUUACAAAAUUCAACAAAGCCUUCAAAAUUAUUUUGUAAUUUCAUUCAUAUCUCACCAUAACAACAGUAAAUGCAUUGGUGAGUGGGGCUGAGGGAUUGCAUAAGAAUGUUAAUUGUUGAAGGAUGUAGGGCAGCUAUUCCUUACAUUGUCUAUACUCAAGUGGAUAUAAUUAUUCUGUAAAAACUGAGCUAGGUUACUAAGUGAAACUGUAUAUGUAGGUAAUCACAUUUAACUUUGUUUCCUGAGCCCCAAUAGUAAACAUUAUUAUGACCAUUCUUUGCUGCAGUUGUUGUUGAAGCUUCCAGUAUACGCAUUAGUUCUUACAGCUCACGCUUAGGACCUUAGCCUUCAUGAUUCACGCUAGAUAAUGGAUAGGCAUCUUGUAAUUUAAAAUGAAAUUUUACUGGGGUAUGUCAGUUAUUAUCCGCAAAGUGCUUAUAAAAUUUUAUUGUAAUCAAAUAGGAAACUUCCGAGAAAAUUUUUUGAUAUAGUCUCCUUGCGUUUCAAUGCACUUCGUCCAUAGUUGUACAAGCUUCCGUAUUCCCUCAUAAAAAUAGGAUCUUGGUUGAGCUGCAAGCCAGGAAUGCAGCACUUCCUUCACUGCUUUGUCCGAGGCAGAUCGACGGCCCCUAUGCCUGUUUGAGUGGACCAUACAAGGGAUAGUCAGAAGGAGCAAGGUCAGGACAAUAUGGAGGAUGUUUCAGUACUUCAGAUUUGAGUUUCUAGAGUGUUUCAACAGUGUGGGCAGCAGUAUGCGGAUGGGCAUUGUCAUGCAACAACACAUCAUCUUUUGACAGCAAUCCUCAGAGUUUGCUUUGAUUUGCAGGCUUUAGGUGGGCAGUAAGCAUCUCACUGUAACAUACACUGUUUAUUGUUCUACCCCUUUCCCCAUAAUGUUCUAGUACUGGACCUCGUGCAUCCAAAAAACCAUAACCAUCAGUUUUCCUGCAGACAGUUGGGUCUUAAACUUUUCCUUGUAUGUCGAAUUUGGAUAUUUCCAUUCCAUACUCUGCCAUUUACUCUCCCAGCUCGUAAUGAUGGAUCCAUGUUUCGUCACCAGUAUUGAUCCUGUCUAAGAAGUUGUCCUAUUCAUUACCGUAGUGAUCCAAACAUUUAUUGCAGAUGUCCAAGUGUGUUUGUUUAUGCAACUGUGUGAGUUGUUUUGGGACCCAUCUUGUACAAACUUUAUGAACCCAAAGUCUACUGUGGAUGAUUUUGUAGCCAGAACUGUGACUAAUUUGCAGACGAUGUGCCACUUCGUCAGUAGUUAACUGUCUUUCUAAGAGAAUCAUUUUAUGUGAAUGCUCAAUGGUUUCUUCAUUUGUGGCGGUAAACAGUCAUCCAUCUCCUUCAUCAUGCAUAGCACGACCAUUUCUGAAUUUUUCAUUCCAUUCGUAGACAUUCCAUUGUGGCAAAACACUGUUCCCGUACUGUACCAAAAUUCUUCGACGAAUUUCAACCCGAUACACUUUCCGACCACACAAAAACGGAUCACUGAAUGUUGCUCUUCUUUGGUGCAAAUAGACAGCGGAGCAGCCAUGAUUAACAGCAUGGCAGCGAUAACGAAGCUAACGCAGCAGCUUGAAAAUUGCAAAGAUAUGAAAAGAAAUAAACAAAGCAUGUGUCAUCAACAUAAAAUGACAGUACUACCAAAAUAAUCAAAAAUAUAACUAAAUUGCGGAUAAUAAUCGACGUACUCUCAUAGUUAAGAAAAUCAGUAAGGUGUAAUCUUGAACUUGCUUCAGUUUUUCAAUUCUGUACAGUCAUUUAUAAAGUUAAACACUAUUAGCUAGACUAAAGCUAUGCAGAAAGUGAGGUUGAUUAAGGAUAUUAGAAACUUAAAUUCUGACUGCAAUGAAGUCUCAUGAAAAAGACCUCUUGGAUUUUAGGGAUAUAGCAAAAAGUUUAAUUGAAAUUUUAAAAUUUAUGAACUUGGCACUGAAUUGACACCUGUAUAUACAGGAUUAAACAUGCAGCUUGUAAACAGAUCUUGCUCAGCUUUCAAAAUAAAUGUAAUGUUUGUUAAGUAAUGGAAUGACUGUUUUACUGUAAGAAACAAUCUUAAGAAUCAGUCAUUGUUUUCGGCAUAUGCUUACAACUGCAAGGAAACCUGCUGCAUACAUAUUUAUUAAAUUGCAGUGUACAUGUGACAAGGAGUGUGUGAGAAAUUAUAGUGUGUAACUUUAAUUCCUGUACCUGGAAGAGAGACCUAGAGAGAUUUUUCAGCCUAAAAACAAUUUUAAAAAGUGAAGCCAAACAUAUCAGUUAUCAUAUUAUUUAGAAAUAUUGUUAAAGUCACCAAAUAACUAUUACUUUUAUUAGUGCUGUCUGUAGUACUAGAAUGUCAUAUAAAUUUUGUGCAUACUUGUAAAGAUAAUUGAGAAUUUUUGUUUAAGGAAUAUUGAAAGAGUGUCAAUAGGACACAGGAAAUAUGUAAUAGCAAGCAAUGACAAAUAUAAAGUCAUUAAUAGUGCAAUACAUAGUUUGUAAAUACUGAUGGUUCACUGAAACUGUGGCAAUAAAAACAGUGAUACUUUUAUCAAGCAUGUUAGCUAACAGGCUGUGCUGAAUUUGAAUCUUAAAAUAGUUACUUUGGGUAAUGAUUUUUGUAAAUUAUCCAAUGAAACAUUUGUUGAAUAUGAAACAGGAAAUAAAAUUUCAUGUAUGGAACUGAAAUAA